CACGCAGGGGAUGGGUGCUGUGGCGGUGGGGGGGUCACGCAGGGGAUGGGUGCUGUGGGGAUCACAGAGGGGUGCCAGGGCGAAUCGCGCUCCCGGGAAGCGCCACGCGCGGCCGCUGCUCUCCCGGCCGCUGCCCCUGCGCUAACGUCGCCCCCGGCGCCUCCCAGGGCAACGCAGAGACGCGCGGCCCGCCCGGCAUGGCGGCCAAGGCGAAGGGGCAGGAGAACAGGCAGGAAGAAGGCCAAGAACAAGAUACUGUAGGUAGAGAGAUUAUGGCAUGGACGUUUCUUUCUCUUCCCCAAAUUAGUGCUUUGUCAGAACAAAAUGUAGAAGGGGUUCAAAAAAAACUGGAAGAGUUUCUCAAUUUCAGACAAAUUAAGACAUCUUUGAAGGAAGCUGUUUUACUAGAUUAUUAUGUGUCUGGAUUUUGGUGGGCUAAAGAGAUGGACUUCACUCAUGUACAGCUCUCAGGAUUCAUGGCCAUCUUAAACUUUCUGUUGGAGAACCUCAGCACCAAACACAUGACGCUUGAAGACAACAUAAAAGAGCUUGGGAGAGCAAUGGCUGGAAUAGGGGAGUCUCAUUCAGAAAAAAGUGGUGGCUUGGAUUUCUUCAGUGUUGAUCAAGCCAAGGCUAUAAUCAAUUACUUGAAGAUCAGUUUAUUUCAACACUAUAAACUAUAUGAAUAUCUUUUCCACAAUCCCAGGGAAGAACUUGUAAUAGGCGAUGAGAAUGUGGUUGAACUUGUCAAACCAAUGGAUACACUUUUCCCUGCUCCGCUCGAAGAAGGUAUAUCUUACGAUAUGUAUUCAUCAUUUAUUGCAUUACCCCCAGAAUCAGAGGUGGAAACUGAGGAAAUCGAUCAAGAAUGUCAUCCCGAAGGGCUCCAACCAGAAACAGAAUCCUUGGAUAUAGAUCCUAUGGCUGGGUUCACUGUUGAAGAUGUUAAGUCAGUAUUGGGUCAGAUCACAAAUGAAAUUAUUGGCAGCCUUCAGACCUUACCUUGGCAAAACUCCCAGUGAAGUCAUUGAGAGUUUUGCAUGAAAAAGAACUGCAGGAUCAAGUGAGAAAUGCAUUUUUUUCCAUCUAUCAAGCUCUGGUUACCUACCCAGAGAAUAAUAUCCUCUUUAUUAUAGUAACUGUCCUCCACAGACUCUUCUGCAACUGAUUCCUCAGCUCUUUAACACCCCCCUCCCCCAGUUGCUCUUAUCAUUAGAUUCUGUCUGAUCCAUGUUCAAAAUCCUUCCACUACAUUCUUAGACAUUGAACUGUGAUCUUAUACUCUGCAUUGUUUCUCCAAUGGAUGUAAUACAUCCUCUGGUGCUGGUUGAAUCAAGGAAAUACCAUUAAGUGUCGGAUCACAGUGCUGGCUCAAAGUAGGUGUGACGGUAAUGGUAGUGGACUGAAGCAGGAGCUGCCCCAGGGACAGCUGAUUUUCAUUAAAGACAUUUAUCAGAGAAGGAUAUAAGAAUGGGAACAGAAGGGCAGCUAGGUUGUGAGUGAGAGAAUUAACUUGGAGAUUCAGUUCUCCUCAGGAAAGUGAUUAAGUACGCACCUAGAAGACACGGAUCAAUGGGAUAUGGACUUGUUCGUUUAUACUUGACAGUGGUCCAAACAUAGUGAACAAGGUAGAUAAGAUAAGAUCUGAGUCAAGUUCAAAUAAGAUCUGGAUAAAGUUCAAAUAAGAAUUCAGAUUUUUUGGUGCUUUAUUCAAACUUUUCAGAAUUUCAGAAUAUUUUGAGAUUUGGCCAUCACUGCUUGGUAUGUUGGAGUAUGGCAAUAAUAGGGAUUUUAAGGCUAAAGGCCUAAAGUUUAACUGAAAAGGUAACCUACUACAAACUUUCUUAGAUGGAAUUCAGCACUUGAUUUUAAGGACCAAUUUUUCUACUGGUAUAAAUUACAUAGCUCUAUUGAAAUGAAUAUGAAGUUAAUAGAGAAUUUGGCCCUAAAUCUAUGAUCAUUUUGUGUGGAGACAGUGAAGUAUAUUUUUACCCUCUCCAAACUUCCAUAGAAAACUUAAAACACUUGAAAUGACCUUAUCUUGUGUUCUUUCCAUUUCUGAUCUAUUUUUGUUAUGAAACACCAUCUGUUUCCAUGGACAUAUACAUCUAUGCAUACUGAAAAGGUUACAUAAAUUCCAAGGCCUCUGAUAUUCAUGGAAUUAGAUCCAGUGUGCCCAGAUUUCUACAGGCAGCAGAAUUGCAGACAGCUUCAUAUUAUCACUGCCAAAGAAUUUGCUAAAAUGUGUCUCAUCCUAUGUACCUUCAUUGCAAAUAUUACAUUGACAUUUAAGCACUGAAAUGCUUCAGAAUUCUGGAGUUCCUAUGUAUAAUAUAUAUUCAUUAUUAUGUAUAUGAUCAAGACAGACAAGCAACAUCUCAUGAACCUUGUUUUUUUUAUUGUUCAUUUCCAAUAUGCUUUCUAAGUUCCAGUAGUGGGUCAGUAAAAUGUAUUACACUAGAGACCUAAUAUCUGCAGCAAAAGAAAACACUGCAGUAACCAAACCCCAGAGCAAUUUUUCUGAUUUGGUGGUUAGUGGUGAAAUCUGUCUGAGAAUACAGACAAAUUAGCCUAUCUCCUAAUUUAAGGUAAUAUGAAAAAUGGCUGUCCCAAUAUCACUUCCUGUUCAUGGCAGACCUACUACAUUGGGAUUGUACACAGUAAUAUGAUAAAGUGUUAUCACAUAAGUACAGGCUGGAACAUCAUAAUGUCUGCAAAACAGGAAGGUGUGUGCAGGAUAAUGUCUGUCUUUAAGGCACUAUAAUAUGUCAAAACCACAAAGACAAUGUGCAGCACAAAAUAGCUCCAUCGUAACCACUUUUUUUUCUGAUUGUCUUCACAGACUGAGAUAAACGAAAAACUGCAAAUGCAGGAAGAGGCUUAUUCUGUGAGAAUAGACAAAUUAAAAUAGACCUAGUAGCUAGACAAGAAGUGGUGCCGAGUUUUAGAGAAAUCUACGAAAACAAAAGAACACAGUUGGCAUGAAUUUAAUUAUUUU